CCACGGUCCUUUCCCACGUUCCUUCUGGAGCUGAAGCGUGUACCAGGCCAGAGCUGUGAUCAUGGCGGAGCAGAGCGUGGUACCGAGCGACCUUUUCCCGCACGUGUUGCGCUUCCUGCGGGACAAUAAGUUCAGUAACGCCGCCAAGGAGUUCUGCAAGGCCACGGGGCUGAAAGAUCAGGAUUCAAGCCCAACAUCUCUCAUAGACAUAUUCAGUGACUGGGUCAAGUCACCUAAUGCAAAGAAAAGGAAACCACCAACCAACGGGCCUUCUAAAAAGCCUGUGAAAAAAGAUGUGUCUAGUAGUGAAGAGAGUUCCAGCGAUGAGGACGAACCUCCUGCUAAAAAACCAGCGACUCAACCUGCAGCUGGGAAAAAGCCUGUUGCAAAAGCCACUCCACCUAAGAAAGCCAAGAGCUCAAGUGAGGAUUCCAGCGAUGACUCGGACUCAGAAGAGGAAGCAAAGAAAAAGCCCCCUCCUAAAAAGGUUGCAGCAAAACCCAAAGCAGCAGCAAAAACCCCACCACAGAAAAAGAAAGCUGAGGCCUCCAGUUCAGACUCCAGCAGCUCUGAGGAUGAAGCGCCAAAGAAACCGCAGACGGCUGUGACCAAACCUCCUGUGAAAUCUGCAGCAAAGACUGCUCCAGCAGCUGGCAAUGCAAGAGUGGCUGACCCUGACAGCAGCAGCGAGGACUCUGACAGUUCUGCGGCAAAGAAAGUGCCGCCUGCAAGAACAACUCCAGCAAAGUCUCCAGCUGCGGCAAAACUGCCCACCAAAAAGGCAGCUGCAAAGAAAGAGUCUAGCAGUGAGGAUUCUUCAGAUGGUGAAAAGCCCCCAGCAAAGCGCAAACCAGUGCCGGGAGCUUAUAGUGCAGUUCCACCACCGACAGCCAUAACCAAAACUGCAACUCCAACGUCAAAGGCAGCUGCCAAGGCAGAAAGUAGCGACUCUUCAGAUAGCGAUGAGGAAGAAAAGCCAGCAAAGAAAGCUAAAAUUGCUCCCACCAAGUCUCCUGUGCCCAAGCCCGUGGCCAAAAAGCCAGAGUCCAGCUCAGAUAGUGAUUCUGAUUCAAGCAGUGAUGAAAAAGUCGCUUCUGCAAAGGCCCCUGGCAAAACACCCCCUGCAAAGGCCUCAGUCAAGCCAGCCCCUGUAAAAACCACACCAGCCAAAAAGGCUUCCAGCUCCUCCGAUAGCUCAGAUUCCAGUAGUGAGGAAGAGAAACAACCAGCCAAAGUGGCUGCUGCUAAGGCUAAAACUCCUCAAGCAAAGGCUGCGACCAAAAACCCUCCUACAAAACCAGUGUCUAAAAAGGAGUCUAGUUCAGAUUCAGACAGUUCUGAAGAUGAAACUGCUAAGAAACCCGUUACCAAAGCACCUCCCAAACCGUCCCCAGCGGCAGCAAAGUCAGCACAAGCCAAAAAAGCAGAGAGCAGCUCUGAUUCUGACAGUAGCUCUAGUGACUCUGAUGCUGGCAAAAAGACUAGUCAGGCUAAACCAGGCAAGGCUGCUCUACCAGCUAAGGCUACCCCACCUGCUAAGGCAAAGGCUACACCACCGGCAAAGGCUACCCCACCUGCUAAGGCAAAGGCUACACCACCGGCUAAGGCUACCCCACUGGUUAAGGCAAAGGGAACCCCAUCGGCUAAGGCAAAAGCUACGGCACAGAACAAGAAUGCGAACAAAGACAGCGGUUCUGAUUCAGACACUUCAAGCAGUGAAGAUGAAGGAAAGAAAAAGCCGGCAGUGGUGAAAUCGCCAGCUGCUGCAAAGACACCAGUACCUGUGAAUAGCACAAAGGCCAGCAGUAGCUCAUCUUCAGACAGUUCAAGUGAAGAAGACAAGAAACCUAAAAAAGCUGCUGCAAAAGUACCUCCCAAACCGUCCCCAGCAGCUGCAAGUAGCAAAAAAAACGUCCCUUCCAAGAAAGCAGCUAGCAGCAGCUCCGAUGACAGCAGCUCAGAGGAUGAAAAGACAAAGCCUAAAAAGACACCUACCUCCACCCCGAAGACCCCAGCUGUGCCAGCUGCAAAUGGCCCAAAAACCGUCCCUUCCAAGAAAGCAGCUAGUAGCAGCUCUGAAGACAGCAGCUCAGAGGAUGAAAAGACAAAGCCUAAAAAGACACCUACCUCCACCCCGAAGACCCCAGCUGCAAAGCCAGCCCCAAAAAAGGACAGCAGCAGCAGUGACAGCUCAGAUUCAGAGGAUGAAAAACCUGCAGCAAAAAAAAAUACCUCCACGCCCAAGUCUGCAAACGCCACCCCAAAAGCAACCGCUAAAGAGGCUGAAGACAGCUCAGAGGAAAGUUCCUCCAGUGAGGACGACGGCAACGCAGACGGCACCUCUGGCAAAAGGAAAAGGGCAGAAAAUGCAGAUGGGACAACGCCGGAGAACAAGAAAACAAAAGUGAAAACACCAAACACCUUUCCAAAAGCUAAUAAGAAGGAACCCCAGAAACCUGCCCCAUUCCGCAGGGUGGUAGAGGAAGAAGUGGCAGUUGAUCCUCGAGUGGCUGAUAACUCCUUCGAAGCAAAGAGAGGAGCAAAUGGGGAUUGGGGUGAAAGAGCAAAUAAGGUCCUAAAAUACACAAAAGGAAAAUCGUUCCGGCAUGAGAAGACUAAAAAGAAGAGAGGAAGCUAUUGCGGAGGAGCCAUUUCUACCACUGUAAAUUCUAUCAAAUUUGACAGUGACUAAAUCCUGUCCAUCUUUAGAAAUGCCCCCAAUCCAGUAAAAAUGAACUGUUGUGGGCCGCAUUCUGUUGUUGUGGGACGGUUACAGUGGCCACAUCCUGAUGUGGGUCGAUCUUAUACCCAGCCGUGUGUCUGCUACAAGAGAGACAGGAGAUUUCUAAUCCAAUUAAAUAAAUGUUUUUUUACAAGAAGGAGGGCGUAGCACAGGGAAAUUGUACAGUGCAGCUGAAACAUUUCAGUUCUUGAAAUUUGAAUGUACAAGCCACUUUUUAUGAGAAUUUUAGUUUUUCGGUUUUCUUUGUAAUAUAUGAAAAUAAAGACAAUGAAAGCUUCUGGCCAUUUGUCAAGAAA